AUGAAAGAUUACUUGGGUGAACACAAUAAAUAUUUAAAAUAUGAGAACCCUAUAAUUAUAGAAAAGGAAGACGAAAAGAAUAUUCAUUCAAAAGAUGAUAAAACAUUGAAAGAUAAAAAUAUUGUAAGAGUUAUUGAGGAAAUAAGAAAAAAUUUAAAAUCAAAUGUUCUAUAUAAAAAUGAUAGUAAAAGUGUUAUUUUCAAUGAUCCAAUUUAUUAUUUAUUUCCAAGUAAAUGUAUAAAAGUAAAAAAAGCAGAGCAUAUUUCAUAUGUUUCCAGAGUAACAAAUGAUGAAGAUAUAUUACUGUGUCUUAAAAGAAUAUAUGAAGUAUUAUCUAAUAUGUAUUCAAAAAAUAUGAUCAUAAAAGAAGAAUAUUUGAAUGAAUUAUUGAGCAUAUCAACCGAAUUAUGUAGACAGAUUUCAGUCACUUGCUUUCAAAGAGGUUCUCUUCUAAAACAAUUAUUCAAUUAUAAUAUUAUGUUAUUAUUUGAAUACCACAAAUUGGUUAUGUCAUCACUUGCUUUUAAUUUGAAGAAGCAAAUGAAGCAGAAUGAUAUUUUAAAUAAUUUUCAUAAAGAAAUAGAAAAAAAAAAUAAUUCUAUUAAUACAUUGACUAAAGAAAUAAUAAAUACUGAAGAAAUGAUGGAACAGGAAAAAAUAAAUUCAGAAAAGGAGAUUGCAGAAGUAAAUAUUAUAUACCAAAAUAGGAUUGAUAAGUUGAAAAAAAACAAUCAAAGAAAAAAAGAUGAAUUUACAAGACUAUUGCAAUUGUAA